GAAAGCAUAAAGAGCCACACGCGCUGACGCGCGAAAUCAAGAACAUGCAUGGAUUUGGUAUCCGCUCUGUCUCUGAGCCCAACCCAGAUCUACCCUUUCACUCUUCCACUUCACACCCCACACAAGUCGUCUCCUUUACCCGCUUUCAGAAUCGGGUAUGGACCCGUUUUCAACCCUCUGUUGCAGAGACCGCUGGCUCUUUAUUCUACCCCAAGUGUCUUCUACAAUAAGAGGAGAAGGCAGUAUAGAUUUGCCCCUUUGAAGGCCAGCCGCGGAGAGUCUCCUUACGAGGUCUUGGGGGUGUCUCCCGCCGCUACUCCCAAUGAAAUCAAGAGAGCUUAUAGAAAACUCGCUCUUAAAUAUCAUCCUGAUGUUAAUAAAGAGCCCAAUGCUCAGGAAAAAUUUAUGAGGAUUAAGCAUGCAUACAACACAUUGCUGAACUCCAAAUCAAGAAAGAAGUAUGAUUCUGGAAGCAGCACAUCGAACGAUUCUUAUUACUCAACUUGGGGAAGCCAAAGUAAAACGGCUAAAGAUGAAGAUUUCUAUGGAUUUGGUAACUUUUUCAGGGAUGUACAAAUUACAUUAGAGGACUUCUUUAAGGAUCUUCAAGAAGAAUUCCGAAAUUGGGAGGCGACUUCAGAUUCGCAAGGGAAACCCAAGAGUUUGUGGGAGGAAUUAGCGGAAAUCGGUGAAGAAUUUGUUGAGUUUUUAGAGAAGGAACUGAACAUCACUGAUCCAGAUGCCGAAGAGGAAAAGGCUGAAAACAACAAUGCAUAUUCUGGUGCAGAGGGAAUGGGAAGUGGCACCCAGAAUAAAGCAACAGAUAAAAGAAACAACAUGGAAGAAAAUCUCAAUGAGAUUGAAGCAGCCCUAGCUCAGUUGAAAAAGGAAUUAGGUCUUUGAUGGAGACUAUACAUUAAUAAGUAGUUCUUGGAAGAGUAAUCGGUCAUGCUGCCAGAAGCUGGGGUAAGUGCAGUAGUCUACAUAAUUUGUUGUAUCAUUAUUUUUAACUAGCGCCCUUUAAAAUUUCCAGGGUCACUGCAUUUUCACUCUAUAUUAUUUAUACAUAGAAUUCAAUUGUUUAGAUCAUCAUAAGUUUGUAGAUUGGUUGGGCAGACUUUGUUGACUUGUUGUAGAUGCUCUAUGUAGUUGGUUAAAUGAGUUUCACUUUUAUACCAAUGUGGGAUGGGAUGACCUCCAUGACUUUGUUGUA